GGCAAUAUGAUGUAAACAGGUCAAUGUACGAGGAAACUCCAGUCAAAAUGGUCAAACACAAUAUUUCGCUGGAAUCGCUGCAGCAAUAUUUGAUAUAUAUAUCUACAUAAAGUAACGCUUACCGCUUUCAUUUCAAUAACAUUUGGUGGGCUCAUGUUUCCAAGAAUCAAGCAAGAAAAAUGAAAGAACGCCAAUUGAAAUAAUUUUAAUAUUAUUAGAGUUAAUUUUUGUCUUUUUUCUCCUAAGAGGAGAAUGUUUAUUUUGCCCAUGGAUACCUUUUCGCUUAUCGGAGGCUUAGGAAGUCUUGCGGUAGCAGGAUUUUGUUAUUCUACAUACAUAAAUUCAAAGGAUGAGGCUUUGUACUUAACGAAUACGCCAAGUCUUGAGAUUGGUGAUGAACUAUACGACGAGAUUAUUAAAGCACCAAAUGAAACUCUUCCCUAUGUUGCCAUUCGUGGGGUAACUAGAGCAAUUGAAUCUACUUUAAAAUCUGGCAAUGUUCCAUCUGCAAAACUUUUAAUACAAAGUACAAGCACAUAUGAACAUAAGGCAGAGUGGAUUCGUUCAUCUAAACUCUGGCAUGAUACUAAACUAUUGAUCAGUAGUGCUAUAAAUCUUGUUCCAUUUUCAUUAAAUAAUGCCAACCAUAGAGUCAUAGUUGACGAGCCUCUUCAAGCCACUGGACUUGACUACACACAGAUUUUUAAUAAAUAUGAGCCAGUGCAUUCUAGUUCAAUAUCAGCCAACAUAGUGGAAUGGGCAACUGGCGAAAAGGUGAAGGGUAUACAGACUGUUGAAGAAGGUUUAUUAGAGGGUACCACCUUGACUGCUGUAGGUAAAGUAACACUAAGAAAUGGUUUAUUUAAGAUUAAAGUACCAGAGAAUCAUGAAUAUAUACUUAGCAAGAUGACAUUAAAAGGAAUUAUUCAAGAAAAGACAAGCUCUACCCGCACUUGGAAAUAUGUAACAAUUUGUUUUACUAUAGUUGGAGGUGCAUUUAUGUUAAUUUGGCUUUUUCGAAGAAGGCAAUGGUUGUCAAGACUUUAUACUAAUACCCGGACAAAUAGACCUGCAUUUCCUGAAGAUGAUAGAAAUGAUGAGUUUGGUGAGAAUGCUCAAGAGAUGUAUUGUGUUAUAUGUCUCACAAAUCGACGAAAUGUUGUUAUCUUGAAUUGUGGUCAUAUUUGUGUGUGUCGUUCAUGUGCUUCACAAAUUGACUCCUGUCCUAUUUGCAGAGGAGUUAUUGAGCGGCUUGUUCCAAUUUAUCAAAGUUGAUAAAUAUUCUCAUAAGUAAAUGCAAAGUAUAUAGUUUUUGUCAUAUUGUCCAGCAGUCCAUGUGCAGUAAAUUCAUUUGUUCUGUAUUUUUUGUGAAUUUUUUUCUAUACUUUAUGUAAGGGAAUAUGAUGCCUGUAUAGUUAAAUAAUAAAUUGAAAUGUAAAAUUGGUGGGCACCAACCGCACCAUCAAUUUCUGUGAAA